AUGUUUUUGCAGUUGCAGCAUACCCACCAGCCGGCCAUAGAGGGUCUAACGGCUGCGUGGACUAUGGUGGUGUUGGCGUUCUGGACUUGGUUGGUCAUGGUUGCAAGACUGGGGAACGGACCGGAGAUAGGACCAGCUUGGGGCAAGACAACUAGCCAAGCACAGGAGAAAUUGAGAGUGGAGAGGGUCUGUGGAUCGAUGAGUUGUCCAGGCACUGCGGGCGAUAUACCUGGGCAGACAGUCCCUGCAAUUGAGGUGCCCCGGCCUGCAUACAUCAAAGACGAAGCCAGCAAUGUAAAGCUUUUCCGAUAA